AAAUUAAGCAGCUGAUCACCGAAAAUUACAAUAUUUUAUAGUAAUUUUUAAAUAUUUAUUACGAUCUGAUUUACGAAACUUAAUUAGUUGAUCUAUAAAUUUACAACGUAGUGUUUACCUCAAUUUACUAAUAAAUCUCUAAAAAAAUGCUUCGAAAAGUGGCUAUGGGAUCCGGGGUGAUCGCGUUGAUACCAACAAUCAGCGCUGCCUCUCCUGUUCAGGAGAGUCCGAAAGAACCUCUAAAACCGCCGCCAAUGAGACCCUCUGAGCUUCCAAUAUACGAAGCACCACAUGCUGAAUAUGGGGAAUACAUAAAAUCAAAAGCCAAGGCCGAGAAAAGUAGCUACCUAAGAUCAGUAAUACAUCCACAAGUGCAAGCAGUACGAGAGACAGCCCAAAUUGGCAUAGCUCACACUGAAUCGCUUUUACAUACCGUUCAAGACAAUUACCACGAGUUCCGGGACAGAACUGCAUGGAUUGUCCAGUACCUAAGAGAAGAAGAUAACAAGGAAGUACGAUAUGGAGCAGUUGCCAUGGGAGGUCUUACAGGUUUUAUAUUUGGCCUUAGAGGAGGCAUUAUUAGGAGAGUAUUUUAUGCCGGUAUCGGCACAGCGGCAAUGGGUGGCAUAUGCUUCCCUGAAGAGACAAAAGAAAUUGCAAAGAGAAAUGGGGCUUUAGCCAAACAGUAUAUUAAUAUUGCAUACAACUUCUUGUAUGGUGUGAAACCCGGUGACCCACAACUUGAGGUAAAGUUCCCCGAACUGUCCUUGCCUAAGAACGUAUCUGAGUUAGUCGAUUUGACAGUUUCAAUUGCUGAGUCUGCCAAGCAGGCAAUUAUGCCUCCACCAUCAAAAGACACAGUUGACCAUAAACCACUGGAGAGUAAAGAAUAGAAGGAGAGUUGCAUCAAGACAAUAGUAGAAUGUUUUAAAGACCUCUUAUUUAUUACAAUAUUAUGUUAGUGUAAUAAUAAAUAAAAAAAGCUAAAUUAAAUCAUUUAUUUG